AUGGAUAUACCCGAGCAUAUGAGAAACUUUGUCACGGCCAUGCAACAAGUCUAUCUGUUUCCGAUGACUUUAGACGGCGAACUCGACUGGAAGCCACCACCCAUGAAAGACGGCCAUCGUGGACGGCAUCUCUGGACUGAUGCUUUUGGUGUCCUCAACUUCAUCACGCUGUUCAAGGAAACGUCACAGCCUCACUUCUUGGUACUGGCGGCUAUACUUGUGGAGACAGUGCACGACGUACUAGGCCGGACUCGGGAUCUUUCUGCGCGGCUACCAGGGGCCUCGGACAUGUCUCCGUUGGCUGGUGGAUUGCGCAUAGGCAAGACUGAAGCCUUUGGGUCCGAUGGAGAUGGACAAUAUCAUCACUAUCUGACUCUGUGGAUGCUGGCGCUGAACAGACUUUGUGUUGCAACAGGCGAAAGAAGUUACAACGACCAAGCUGUGGUACUGGCUCAAGCGAUACAUCCUGCUUUUGUGUAUCAGCGAGACUCUGCACACCCGAGUAUGGUCUGGAAGAUGUCGAUGGACUUAUCCCAUCCUCUUGGUCGUGGUGAGGGCAAUAUGGAUCCUAUCAACGGUCUUGUCAUCUUCAAGAUUCUGCAAAAAACCAACGGCGACAUGAAUGUGUUGCGAGACGAGAUCAUGGACUAUCAGAGGAUUGUUGACCAAAAGGGUAAAGCUUACGCCUCUUCCGAUACUCUGGAUCUAGGUAUGGUGCUCUGGGCCGCCCACUGGCAUGCAAAUGAGUACGACUGGGCAUCAGACCUCGCGAAUGCCGUAGUUCGUGAUAUGCGGAUAUUGUAUCACGAAACGCAUUACCUCGAUAUGCCAAUUGACCAACGUCUGGCGUUCAGGGAAUUUGGAACCUGCUUAGGCAUCAACAGCCAUCCCACUCAUGAGUUGAGGCCGGUCAGAGACGACAUAAUCGUGGCAUGGGAGACAGCAGGCAGGGUGCCUGUACCGAUCAAGAAUGUCGAUAUGGAAUCUCUUGAGCCCAUCGAUUUGGUCAUGUACGCUGCAGCAUUAUGUUCAGGAGCGUUCGAAAGAGAUUAUCUGAAUUAA